GUCUCGUGCUACACCAACCGCUCCGUCGCUUAGUCGGGUGAUUUGAACAGCCCUUGUCAAUAGACCCAUUUUCUGUAUUUCCAUACUAGCCUGUGUGAUUUGAUCAGAAAUCUGAGAGAGAGAGAGAGGAGACAGCGAGGGAGAGGAAAGGAUAGAACGCGGUACUCGAUCUUCAGAUUCCGCUUGUGGCAGCUGGUUUACAUGAUAGCUGUGUACCUUGAAUUGAUAAUGCACACACGACUCAAUCUUCUAGCCCACAUGAUUACUGCUCCCUUUGAAUUGAUAUUAAUAGCAUACUCGUACAUGAGGCACAAUCUCAGAGCUAUUCACUUUCCUUGAAGGCGCAUAUUGGAAAAACUGGGGGAAUAUUGGAAGCUGGGAGUAGAUCAGAAGUUGUGAAACUUUUCAGACCCCACCCAAUGUGAGAUCCAGAAGAUAGGGGGGAGGUCUGAUAUUUAUUAGGUAAUAUUUUUGUCCCGAAAUGAUCCAAAACUUAGAAGGCUACUCAUAUUAAUAUGGCUCUAUGAAGUGAAAAUUGCUUGAAGGUCAAAAGAUGGCUUUUUAUUCUCAGGAAGAAAAAUCUGAGGAUUACCUCUUCAAGAUUGUUUUAAUUGGUGAUUCAGCUGUUGGAAAAUCGAAUUUGCUUGCAAGAUUUGCUAGAGGUGAGUUCUACCUUAAUUCAAAAUCAACUAUAGGAGUAGAGUUCCAAACCCAAAAGAUGGAUGUCGAUGGAAAGGAAAUCAAGGCUCAGAUCUGGGACACAGCAGGUCAAGAGCGGUUUAGGGCUGUUACAUCUGCAUAUUAUAGAGGUGCAGUUGGAGCUCUUCUGGUAUACGAUAUCAGUAGACACCAGACAUUUGAUAGCAUUGGCAGAUGGCUUAAUGAACUUCACACUCACUCCGACAUGAAUGUUGUUACAAUACUUAUUGGCAAUAAGUCCGAUCUCAAGGAUGCCAGGGAGGUGUCCACUGCUGAAGGCAAAGCCUUGGCAGAAGCACAGGGUUUGUAUUUCAUGGAAACGUCGGCUCUUGAUUCCUCCAAUGUAGCUGCUGCUUUUCAGACAGUUGUGAGAGAGAUCUACAAUAUAUUAAGUCGGAAAGUGAUUAAAUCUCAAGAGCUCAAAAAACAGGAUUCUACCUGGAUGGGAAAUGGAAAGACGGUGGUUUUACAGGAAAGUGUCAACCAAGAAACAGAGGCAGAGGCAGGGACUAGAAAAGGUUGGUGCUGCUGAUUGUAAAGCUACAUGCAUUUGCUCCGACCAUAUAUGAUCCUUUUUGCUGGUCGCCCGGGCCGAAUUUUCAAGUCUGGUUUCACACUUUUCUUCAUAUGAUCAAAUUUUUUAUUUCCUUGCAAUGUUUAUUUAAGCAUCACUUGUUCUGGGUCAUUGGUGGUUGAAUAGAAAUUGGGUAGAGUAAAUGACCUGUAAGGGGACUAAGAAAAUUAUAUUUUACACUUGAAAUUUCAUUUCUAGGCAUUAUGCUUUAGUUCA